GCGACUACCAGUAACCACAUGCCAUGCGUGUGCACCGCUCCCUUCUCAAGAUCCCAGGACUGAGCUCAGAGCGCUGAGAGCACAGUUCCGACUCCGAGCCGUGCACAGACUCUGCGGAAUCCGUUGAGUUCACUAAUGAAUUAAGUCCCGGGUUACCGUGACCGCCACGACUACUACUACGCCUCAAGAUCCUGCUAGAUCUGGCAUCUAAUUUUCUUUUUUCUUGGCGACCCGAUUUUCAUUACCCACCGCGUUAUUAGGUUCCAUUAGCGCCAUGGCCUUCAGCCUCAAAAACUACCUGCUGUAUUCCCCGUAUUUUUGUUUCUGCAUACCAGUGCGAUUCGGAUUCGUGCUAUUGACUUGUCUGUCCUUCCUGUUUUCGGGUGUACUAUCUGUUUUGGUGUGGUUUGAACUGUCUCAUUCGUAUUCACUAACUAACAAGGAGAAAAUUUCCUUUUGGGCUGUGGGCAUUAUAGAAACCAUAUUGCUUGCUGUGUCUGUCAUUGGGUUCAUUGGCGCGGUUGCCCGCAAGCAACGUUUUGUUGCGAUUUACGCAUACUUCGUCUAUAUCCAUCUUCUCCUCAAUGUCAUUGUCGGCAUCUACUUCCUCGUUACUAUCCGCCAGAGCAACCGACAACAGCUAGUUGACGAAUGCUAUGCUGUACUCACCAACAAUCCAUCUGAAUCCAACUGUCAAAGCCUCAUGAAUGUUUCAACAUACGUUUUCAUCGCUGUGGUAUCACUUGUAUUGCUUCUUGAAUUAUACGGUGCUCUCAUCGCCACUCGUUAUCUAAACACACUCGCAAAGCAGAAGAAGGUCGAACACAGUCGCAGAUUGGGAUUAUACCAUUCAGUUGCCAACAUCCGUCCCAGUCAUUCUCGCGAUCCAAGCGGCAUGUCUGAUGACAUAGAAUUGCUUCAUCAUCGAGACAGUUCCGGAACUACUUUUUCGUCACUUGGAGGUGCAUAUGAUUAUGGUGACGACGUUCUCGACAUAACGCAUCCACCUACAAGCAAUGAGCUUGUUCCGACUCAUCACCCCGAUAUGCUUUCCCAUAACCAACGACCAUCACAGUCAUCAAGCACUCCCACCCAUCGGCAGCAGCCAUCUCAUUCAAGCGCAUACCCUUCAUCCAGUACUUCUUCACCUCCGCGAAGCUUCCGUGCACUCCCCCCUCGUCCGUCGAGUAGUGUAGUUGCUGAAAUCCCAGCGACAAGUAUAUCACCGCAAGUAUCGGAUCAAACGCCACGUACUACGACAAUCUCUGACCCUCCGUCGAGCUUCUCGUACGAGAGCCGUGAUCCAUCAACACAUCCGAAUGAUGACUUUGAUCGACGAUCAACAUAUUCUGUUUCUACAAACGCACAUGCAGCAUUGAUGGAACAUGCUUCGUUGAUGUUGCCAAGGUUCUUUCCACCAUCUAAUGUUCCUCCAGUUCCGGAGUUGCCACCGUAUAGUCAGUCUGGGGGAUAGUAUGGACUCGAUGGAAUAAUUCCUCGAUCUACUUUGACUUUUAUUAUUGAUGAUUUUUAUUGCUACGACACACCGUAGUUUUGUUCUGUUGCAUUUCGACAAACUCUUUAGGUCAACAUAUGUAAAAUUUUCUAUAAUGGACAGUGAUACCGGGAUGUAUUCACAUUUUAAACAUGAAAACGACUCUCCGCUUGCUGUU